AUGGAGAGAGUCGUGCAACCUUGUUUUUUUAGUGGUGGGGGCGAGGACCCUCUUUCUCACCCUGGAAGCUGCUUCUCCUGCGUCCCAGAGACCCCACCCCCCAGGAUCAGACACACCUACUUGAAACCUCAAAAGCCAAACAGGACCAUUGCCUUAAAUUUUUUUGUAGGCGUGUGUGUGUGUGUGCGUGCGCACGUGUGUGUGGUGCCGAGUAGUGCCCUCUCUGUUUUCUCCUCCCUCCCUGCACCCUUUCUCUUCUGCUAUAUCUCUUCCCAAGGCACAGCGGGGGAAGCAGCUGCCCUGAUAGAUCUCCUGAUUCCCGUGGGGGAUCAUGCAGGAGCAGAAGGGAUCUCCGUCCAGUCUCACGGGGGUGUAUUGCUCCCCUCACACUGUUUUGCUUUGGUUUUUUUAAAACAAUUUUUUUAA